AUGGAACGAAUAGAUUUAUCCAAUACAACUUUACGUAUCGGAAUUAAUCCGUAUCCACCUUUUAUGCGUAUUAAUCAUAUUAGCCAAGUUAUCAAUGGUAUUGAAGGUGAAAUGUUGAAAAUAUUUCAAUCAUAUUUUAAUUUUUCGACAAUUAUGAUAAACAUAAACGAUGAUUAUGGUAAUGAAAAUAUUGAUGGUACUUGGUCAGGAAUGAUGGGUGAAAUUCAUGCCAAUCGAAUGGAUAUUUGUUUUUCAGGAGCAGCAAUGAUUUAUCAACGAUUUUUAAAUAUUACCUAUUUAUAUCCACAUUGGUUAGAAAAAUAUAGUUAUAUUACAUUAUCACCACGUACAGUACCAUCAAAUGAUUUUGAUAUGUUUAUUCGACCAUUCGAUACUAAUAUUUGGAUAUUAUUAUUUUUUUCAUUCAUUUUAUUAUUUAUUGUUGAUAAAAUUUUUAAUCAAUAUUCAUCGAUAAAAUUAAAAAAACAAAAUAAUAAUAAACAUUCCGAAAACAAUAUAGCUUGGAUAUGUUUUCGUUUAUUAUUUCGUCAACAAAUAUCAUUUCCAAUUGAUUGGAUUAAAUGUUUGAAUGCCGGUAAAAUGAUCAUAAUUAUUUGGAUAUCAUGUUCAUACAUAUUGACAACAUAUUAUGGUAGUUAUCUUUAUUCAGUUAUUUCUGUACCACCGAAUAAUGCAAUCGAUACAAUUGAAAAAUUAUCCGAUGCAUGUCAAUCAAAUCAGAUUGAAGUAUUGGCAAUGAAUAAUUCAUUCCUGAUGGAUUCAUUCAAGGUGAUUCUUUUUUGCAAAAGUUUAUUUCAUUUUUUAAUUUUUUUUUGUUGUUGUAAUCAUCAGUAUACAACCGAUCCGUUACUGAAAAGUAUCUAUAAAUGUAUGGAAUUUGUCGAUCAUAAAGAAUCAUUAUUACCAUAUCGAAUGUUAUUUCAAUGUUCAACAAUAAAUGAUUGUCAAAAUGAUCAUCUUGAACGUCGUCGUCGUCGUCGUGGACGACAACAACAAUAUGCUUAUCUAAGUUCGGUUUCACGUACAUAUUUUUCACAAUUAAAAUUCGGUCAAGAAUUACUUUAUAUACCACCAUCAAAUGGUGAAUCAUAUUUUUAUAAUGUAUUUGUUGCAUUACCAAUAAGUAAAACAUUACAACCAUAUAGUAAAUCAUUUAAUCUUAUUAUCGAAAAUCUACGUGCAUCCGGCCUAUACAAUUAUUGGCGUGAAAAAGAAAUAACAUGGGCAAAAUUAGAACAUCGUAAACAACAGGUACCAAAUAUUCGUAAUAUAUUUAAUGGUGAUUUUACUAUACUUACUGUUUAUCAUCUGGAAAAUGUAUUCUAUGUUUAUCUAGCCGAGUAA